CAUGACUUUGCAGACAUUAGUAACGAAGGCGACUCUCUAUGGACCUUGCUCAGUGAGUCUUUAACUUACAACCUAUGGUGCUAUCACGGCUUAACUGUUGUGUAUAGAAUGGGUUGAAACUUAAAAGAAUGACACGACAAGGAAGACAUGGCUUCCUCAGUUUACACCAAAGAGCAAUUAAAUUACUUCAGAAUUUGUCAUAUUGUCACUAAUAUCCUGCCACAAGGGCUGCGAUCUAUUUUUAAACAAGAGUGGAACAGUCGUUACCAGGCAACUUUAGGAGAAUGGAAAGAUACACCUCAAAAUGGAAUGGACUUCUACAACAGGGAGUCUCCCCGGAGCCGAACGCGUAAUGCUCGUCUGCUGGAAACGAUAAAAAAUAGAGAUAGGGCACAGUGGGAUUGUACUACACUCUUUUUUGCAAUACUAUACUCCGAUUCUAUCGGCCACGGACUCGGUGCAGCAGUUCGCUCGAAUGUCGAUGAGCUCAGAGAAUUUCGCAAUGAAGAGUUCGCUCACAUGCCACAGGGUCAGCUGUCAGAUCUACAGUUCAGACUUGCUGUUCAAAAAGUGAAGAUCGCAUUUCAGUGUCUUGGUCUCUCAACCAAUGAUAUUCAAAAUGUCUGCAAGCAGAAAAGUUUUCCGACAGAGGAACUUCAAAGUGUUUUGGAAAACGUUAAGAUCCUUUACCAUGAACUCCGUGAAACCAACGUGAAACUACAAACCUUUCAAAAGCAAAACCGUUUCCUUACAGAAAGACAUCAACUCCUUGAAGAAGAUAAUCAGGUCCUUCAACAACAGUAUCAAGUCCUUGACGAAAAGCAUCAAGUCCUUGAAGAACAGCAUCAUAUUCUUGAGGAACAGUUACAUAGUGAUGUUUCUUCAUUCUGCAUUCUUCCGCCUAAACCAUCACACGAAAUCGCACCUCGCGAGAGCGAGGUUGGCAAAAUAACAAAACGACUUGAACGGCUGAGAGAAGCAAAUGAAAAUGGUUUGAGUUACUUAUAUAUUUCGGGUAACCCUGGAAGUGGCAAAUCUCAACUAGCCGGUCUAGUAGCUCAACACUUUUACGAAACAGCUAACGAAGACCUCAAAACCCCCACGUUCGUAAUGACUCUUAACGCUGAAAGUUCAAAAACGCUCCUGGAAUCGUACGCUUCUUUGGGAAGACAAAUCAAGUGCCCUGAAUACACUAUCAUGCAAACCCUUAACUCAACAGAUAUGCAGUUUGAAGAACAAAUCAACAAUCUAAAGGAUUUGAUAGCAACCAAAAUUCCUCUUUACGGAUCGUGGCUCUUGGUGGUCGACAAUGUUAGCAGUUUAUGUGAUGUACAUGAUUUUCUCCCUCGGCCUGGAAACCACCUGUGGACGAAAGGCCAGUUGCUUAUCACAACACAGAACUCUUUAUCCAUCCCCUCUGAAAGCUCGUUUGUCUCUCACAUUUCAGUGAGCGAAGGCAUGGUGCCCACAGAUGCCCGUUGCUUUUUAGCAAAGGUCUCUGGUAUUAGACAACAAGGAAUGGAGGAUAAAAUCGCUAAGGCAUUAGAUUACCAACCCCUCGCGCUGGCUAGUGCAGGCGUUUACAUGAAAAAGGUUCGUGAAAGUAAAGUUGCCAGAAGCUUUGGAUGGGAAGAGUACUUAGAAAAGCUAGAGAGAGGUAUGCGAGCCCUUACUGAAAAGGAACUAACAAAAACCAACCCAAGCUACAGGAAGUCCAUGACUGUCGCAACCAAGCUGGCUAUUGAACGAGCGAUAAACAAUGACAGUGUUGUUAAAAGCGCGUUUACACUCCUUUCCCUGUGUUCUUUACAACCUUUGCAUUUAGACAUCCUUAUGAACUACAUUUUGAAUGAUCAAAAUCCGCAUUUGGAUAAAGAAGAAAUUGCUCUUCAGAUCCAAGGCUACUCUCUUCUUCUCUUCGAUGAGAGAGAAAGUGGAAAUUUUGUUAAAGUGCAUCAAGUUGUGCAUGAAGCCAGUAAAUCUGUAAUCAACGAGUGUCAGGAGCCUGAUGAACACGUUCGAAGUGUUGCAUACGCUGUAAUGUCCUUCAACCAAUUCAUAGACAUUCAUCUACCACACACUUGGAAGAACGAAAACUCUAUUCGUGAUAGUGAGCAUCUCAUUCCACACUUGAAUACGUUUGCUGCAGAAGUUGAAAAGGUCUUUCUUCACGAAGAUAAAUAUCAAAUUACUGAGAAACACGUUUUCAACUACUUCAAAUGUUCAGAAUAUUUCAGAAGGCUUGCAAUAAUUUGCAGGAAUCACCGAGAAUUUUCAGAAGCAAAAGUUUACUGUGAAACAGCUUUGAAACUGGUUGAAACGGGUAAGAAGAUAAGGAGUUGUGAAUAUCCUGGAGACGUUGAGUUAAGAGAACGUGGACCGACGGAUGAUGCCCUUGUGGAGACUUGCAAUUUACUGGGUUUGGUUCAGCGUGAGUUGGGUGACUUGCAAAAUUCCAAGGAGAAUCAUGAACGUGCUCUUGACAUUCGGCUAAAAAAUCUUGGACCCCAGCACGUUGAAGUGGCAAAUUCAUACCAUCAUCUAGGUAAUGUACAGUACGACUCGGGUAACCUGAAAGAGGCCAUGCAGUAUUAUGAACGUGCUUUGGAAAUCCAAGUGAAGAAUCUUGGUCAUGAUCAUAUUUAUGUGGCGUUUUCAUUGGUUAACAUGAGUAUAGUGGAAAGUAGACUGGAAAACUUGCAACAAGCUAGGGACCAUAUUGAACGAGCUCUGGACAUUAGGUUGAAAAGGCUUGGACCCGAGCAUGUUCAUGUCGCUGAUACUUACUAUGACUUGGGUAUUUUACAGCGUAAAUUGGGUGACCUGCAAAAGUCUAAGGAGUGUUAUCAACAAGCUCUAGACAUUCGGUUGAAAAGGCUUGGACCCGAACAUGUUCAUGUCGCUGAUAUUUACCGUGGCUUGGGUAUUGUACAAAGUGAAUUGGGUGACCUGCAAAAGUCUAAGGAGUGUUAUCAACAAGCUCUAGACAUUCUGUUGAAAAGGCUUGGACCCGAGCAUGUUCAUGUCGCUGAUAUUUACUAUGACUUGGGUAUUGUACAAAGUGAAUUGGGUGACCUGCAAAAGUCUAAGGAGUGUUAUCAACAAGCUCUAGACAUUCGGUUGAAAAGGCUUGGACCCGAGCAUGUUGAUGUCGCUGAUAUUUACCGUGGCUUGGGUAUUGUACAGCAUAAAUUGGGUGACCUGCAAAAGUCUAAGGAGUGUUAUCAACAAGCUCUAGACAUUCGGUUGAAAAGGCUUGGACCCGAGCAUGUUGAUGUCGCUGAUAUUUACUAUGGCUUGGGUAUUGUACAGCGUGAAUUGGGUGACCUGCAAAAGUCUAAGGAGUGUUAUCAACGAGCUCUAGACAUUCGGUUGAAAAAGCUUGGACCCGAGCAUGUUGAUGUCGCCCGUAAUUACUUUCAAUUGGGAAUUGUAGAACGUGAAUUGUGUAACUUUCAGAAGGCUAAGGAGCAUUUGGAGUGUACUCUAGACAUUCAGUUGAAAAAGCUUGGUCCCGAGCACCUUGAAGUCGUGGAUACUUACAAUAACUUAGGCAUGGUGCAUCGUGAAUGGAAUAAUCUGGGACAGGCCAAGGAAUAUCACGAACAAGCACUGGCUAUACGCCUGAAGAAUCUUGAACCCGAACAUGUUGAUUUGGCGAAUUCAUACUACCAUUUGGGUAAUGUGCAAUUUGUGUUGGAUAACAUGCAACUGGCCAAAGAGCUAUACGAACGUGCUUUGCAUAUCCAGUUGAAGAGUCUCGAACCUGACCAUGUUUAUGUGGCAUUUUCCUGCGAAAGUUUGGGUGAUGUACACCGUGAAUUUGGCGACCUGGAACAGGCCAAGGAGUACUUUGAACGAGCUUUAAACAUUCGACUGAAAAAGCUUGGAAUCAAGCAUGUUUGUGUCGGUAAUACUUACCAUCGCUUGGGUAUUGUACAGCGUGAAUUGGGUGACCUGCAAAAGUCUAAGGAGUGUUUUGAAAGAGCUCUAGACAUUCAGUUGGAAAAGCUUGGACCCGAGCAUGUUGAUGUCGCUGAUAUUUACUAUGGCUUGGGUAUUGUACAGCAUCAAUUGGGUGACCUGCAAAAGUCCAAGGAGUGUUAUCAACGAGCUCUAGACAUUCGGUUGAAAAAGCUUGGACCCGAGCAUGUUGAUGUCGCCCGUAAUUACUUUAAAUUGGGAAAUGUAGAACGUGAAUUGUGUAACCUUCAAGAGGCUAAGGAGCAUUUGGAGUGUGCUCUAGACAUUCAGUUGAAAAAGCUUGGUCCCGAGCACCUUGAAGUCGUGGAUACUUACAAUAACUUAGGCAUUGUGCAUCGUGAAUGGAAUAAUCUGGGACAGGCCAAGGAAUAUCACGAACAAGCGCUGGCUGUACGCCUGAAAAAUCUUGAACCCGAACAUGUUGAUUUGGCGAAUUCAUACCACCAUUUGGGUAAUGUGCAAUUUUUGUUGGAUAACAUGCAACAGGCCAAAGAGCUAUACGAACGGGCUUUACAUAUCCAGUUGAAGAAUCUCGAACCUGACCAUGUUUAUGUAGCAUAUUCCUACAAUAGUUUGGGUGAUGUACACCGUGAAUUUGGCGACCUAGAACAGGCCAAGGUGUACUUUAAACGAGCUUUAAACAUUGAACUGAAAAAACUUGGUCCCGAACAUGUUUAUGUAAGGCUUAUUCAGAAUAAGUUACGUAACGUACAGCUUGCCAUAGAUGACCUGCGACACGGCAUGGAACGUUAAGAGGAGGCGGAUUUUUUUCUUUAAUUGUAACUUUUCUAUUGAUCAAGGUCAGUCAAACGAGGAAAUGAAAAAGUAAUUUACCUGCCAGGGAGUGAAAGUUGUAAAAAUUUAAUACCCAACUCUUCUCUUUUCACAACAAUCAUUUACUGUAGGAAUACCAGGGCUGAAAUUGGCAAAUCAGGGACUACUCAUUAUCCAUAACCUUAGGGGGGUGGGGGAUAGAGGGCUGGGAAGAAGGGGAAGCCAUUGCUCCCCUCCCCCCCUAAGGCUCUGUAGUAUUCUAAUGAUCCCCCUCAUUGCCAGUAAAUUUUCUAUGAUCCUCUUUUCAGUGAUGACUGAUCCCCCUCCACUCCCCCAAAACACCAUGUGAUCCCCCAAAAUCCUCCCAGUCUUCCCCCCCCCCAAGGGAUCAAUAAUGACGUGCACUUAAGUUUAAGAUGAAUAGCUGCUUGAGGUAGAGAAUUUGAUAAUAGAAUAUUCUUAUGUGCCACUGGAAAUGCAA